CCUUGGGAAGAAUGAAAAUUGUGACCCAUGCUCAGCUUGGUCAGGUGAUUUUGGCAGUAAAGACAGAAGUGGAUUUGGAAAAGAUAGAGAUAAUUUUCACAGUAAAGAUGGAAGUGGAUUUGGAAGAGAGAGAGAAGUAAAUGAAGAUUGUGCCUUUUCAAAUAGAGGCAGGUUUGGAGGACAAAGAGGUUUUAGGGGAUUUUCAAACCAAGGAAAACCAAGAGGUGGUUACAGGGGUGGCAGAGGAGGAAGAGGGAAUGGUGAAUUGGAUGACAGUUGCAGCAGAGAAGUAGAAAUUUCUUCAGACUUCACUGGUUGGGGAAGAAGAUUUGGCAGAGGAGAACAGAAAGAAAAUGAAGGGAGAGGCAGAGCACAAGGUUAUCAAAGAAUACCCAGAGGUGGCUAUAGAGCAAAUGAUGAAGAGGUUUUUUCAAAAACCACAGGAUCCCUUAGUUCAACAGUAGAGGAGAAUGGUGAAAAGACAGGCCCUAAAGUGACAUAUGUUCCACCACCUCCACCGGAAGUUGAAGAUUUAAUCUUUGCUCAUUAUGAAACCGGAAUCAACUUUGACAAAUACGAUGAUAUUGUCGUAGAGAUUUCUGGUAAAAAUGUUCCUCCAGCUAUAAUGAACUUUGAAGAAGCUGAGUUUUGUGAUUCAUUAUGCAAGAACAUUUCAAAAUCGGGGUAUUUAAAACCCACUCCAGUUCAGAAGUAUGGUAUUCCAAUCAUUUUAGCCGGGAAAGAUCUGAUGGCGUGUGCUCAGACAGGAUCUGGAAAAACUGCUGCUUUCCUUUUACCACUUCUGCAACAUUUGAUGCAAGAUGGUGUUGCUGCUAGUAGAUUUAGUGAAAUACAGGAGCCCGAAAUAAUAAUUGUUGCACCAACAAGAGAGCUCAUCAGUCAGAUUUAUUUGGAAGCAAGAAAGUUUGCUUUUGGAACCUGUGUUCGACCUGUAGUGGUGUACGGUGGUAUUAGUACAGGAUAUACGAUACGUGAAGUUUUGAAAGGUUGCAAUGUAUUAUGUGGAACACCUGGAAGACUUUUGGACAUUAUUGGUAAAGGAAAGGUUGGCCUAAGUAAAGUGAAGCAUCUUGUGCUGGAUGAAGCAGACCGCAUGUUAGAUAUGGGCUUUGAACAAGCAAUGCGUAAACUGGUUUCUUUUCCUAACAUGCCCUCAAAGGAUUUGCGACAAACACUGAUGUUCAGUGCCACCUUCCCAGAGGAUAUUCAGAAAUUAGCUGCUGAUUUUUUGAAGAGUGAUUACAUCUUCCUAACUGUUGGUCAGGUUGGAGGGGCUUGUAGUGAUGUCAAUCAAGUAAUACUUGAGGUUUCUCAGUUUUCAAAGAGAGACAAGCUUGUUGAACUACUUCAAAUGACAGGUACUGAAAGAACAAUGGUUUUUGUAGAGACUAAGAAAAAAGCAGAUUUUAUUGCCACUUUUCUUAGUCAAGAGAAUAUUCCAACUACAAGCAUUCAUGGGGACCGAGAGCAAAGGGAAAGGGAACAAGCACUUGGAGAUUUUCGUACAGGAAAAUGCCCAGUCCUGGUUGCCACUUCUCUUGCUGCUAGAGGUCUUGAUAUUGAACAUGUUCAGCAUGUUGUUAACUUUGACCUUCCUAAUUCAAUUGAUGAGUAUGUACAUCGCAUUGGCCGUACUGGACGCUGUGGAAAUACUGGCAGAGCUGUAUCGUUUUUUGACCUAAAAUGUGACAUUCCUAUUGUCCGUUCCUUGGUGAAAGUUCUUUCAGAUGCUCGGCAAGAAGUUCCUGCUUGGCUGGAAGAAAUAGCAUUUAGUGCUCAUGGUACAACAGGGUUCAAUCCAAGAGGAGCAGUCUUUGCAGCUUUGGAUACCCGAAAAAGUUCAAGCUUCAGUAAAGAUCUUGGAAGUCUGAAUGACCCAAUGAACCCUUCAGAGGAUACAAAUGAGGACCUUUGGGAAUGAAACAUAGCUCUACAAACAGUUCUGCAGUUCAGUGAUUCAUGUUUUGAUUAAUCACGUAGCAGUGUUGUGCUGGCCCUUGAUUUCUCAAAUUUGUAAUGGAUGUUUGGUGUUUUUCUUUUCUGUAAACUGAACAAUUAAUCAUCUCAAUGAUUAAGUUCUGCAGUUCAGUGAUUUCAUGUUUUGAGUACAGUACUUUAAUGUUGAUACUUUUGAUUAAUAACAUAGCAUUUGUUUGCUUUCCCUUGAUUUCUCAAAUUUGUAAUGCACGUGUGGUAGUUUUCCUUUCUAGUAAACUGAUCAAUUAACCUUAAAUAUGUCAAGGGAACUGUUUAAUAUAUAUUUUAGAUUUAAUUUGAGCUGUUAACCCUAAAUGUUACAUUUGAGUGCUUAUAUUAGCUAGAAAAUGAAAGGAAGUAUGUAUAGAUAGACUGUGUCCUGGAUAUUUUGUACUUAUUAAAGCACUUUUAAACUGUGUACUUUCUUGGAACUUCAGUUUCUUUUUGGGAGCUAGAGUUUAGCAUAAUAUA